AUGCAUCUCACCUCAAUGAACAGCACACUACGCACCGCCGCUCUCAGCAGUCGGUUUUCCCUAGCGGCCUCAGGACCCCUUCCUGCCACAACCCCAUUGUUCCAAUGCUGCCAGAAGCUCUCGCCCAGACCACAGGCCCGGCCUUCCAGCACAUCAACCACACAAUUCAAGGCGCUCAAGCCAUCGGCACGCCCUCAGAAGACCAUCACUCCUAUUAUUCGCAACACCACCGCUUUCCGUCUGAACUCCACUGCCACAAAUGCCUCUCACAUCCCACCUGCGAAGCUCGACUGGAAUACCUUCUUCAAGCUCCGCGCCUCUCGCCGACGAUACUCCCUUGGCUCGUCGAUCAUCGCCUCGAUGGCCAGCACCAUCAUCGGGGUGCAGGUGCUCUCUGAGCAGGAUCUGGAAUCCCUCGGAGCGCAGGUGAUGGGUCUGGACCCCUUCGUUGUGCUGGGCUUGGCCACUGCGGCAUGUGGUGCUGUCGGCUGGCUUGCUGGUCCGUUCCUGGGGAAUGCUGUUUGGGGACUGGUAUAUAGGCGAUAUAGGCCUGCUGUUGCGGUGAAAGAGAAGGAAUUCUACGAUAGAAUCAAGCGUUUUCGUGUUGAUCCCUCGUCCAACUCGAUUGCCAACCCUGUGCCGGACUACUAUGGUGAAAAGAUUGGCAGCGUGCAGGGUUAUCGGCAAUGGCUGAAGGACCAAAGGGCCUACAACCGCAAGAGACGCAGCUUCAUUGUCUAA